GCACCAAAUUCAACUUCGUACGCUCUACGCCGAUUUUCUCUUGGAGUAUUCUACGUUGUUGUGUUUCAAAUUUUGGGUGUGUUCAUCGAUGAUUCUUAUAUAAUUUCGGAUGAGUACGGGGAGUUAAAUUUAUUGAAACGAUUGAUUUGGUUGGGAAUUUGGGGGCGAUACACGCUGUAUAAAUAUAUUUCCUGCUGGUUGUUAGCCGAGGGCGGAGGAAUUUUGUUCGGGAUUUCGCAUAAUGGUCUCGAUGAGAAAGGAGAAGUAAAAUGGAACGGAUUAGAAAACGUGAAGUUAACCAUACUAGAAAACUCAACCGAAUUUAAUCAUUACAUUCAGUCGUUUAACGUAAACACGAAUCAAUGGGUUCUCCAAUACGUUUAUAAACGAUUAAAAUUUUUAAAUAAUCGAUACGUUAGCCAAGCAACUUCGUUGUUAUUUUUGGCAAUUUGGCACGGAUUUCAUUCGGGUUAUUACGUUUGUUUUUUGUUUGAGUUUUUGGUGAUUUAUUUGGAAAAGGAUUUGCAAUCGAUUUUGAAAAGGAACGAAAAUGUGAGGGGGUGGUUAAAAAAUACUCCUUCCAUUGCACUCGUGGUUAACUUACUUUUGAGAUUAUACACAUUCGUUUUUAUGGGGUGGUGUUUGAUUCCGUUUGCUUUAUUGAAAUUCGAUAGGUAUUGGAAAGCUUACUCAAACGUCGAUUACGUGGGGAUUUAUUUAUACAUUUUAUGGCCGAUUAUUUAUGGCCCCUUAUUGCGGAUUUUGUUGGCGAAGAAGCGCGUCGCCCAAGCGAGUGAUGGCGAGGGUGUUAGUUAUCGAAGCGAAUUUACUACUAGUAGUGUCAGUGAGGGUGGUCCUGAAAGUUUAAAGCAACAUAGAGAAUAAAAAAUUUUCUUUAAUUGAAAGAGUUAACACAUUCCUAAUUAAAUCGCAAAUUGAAAAAGGUAAUUUUAAAAGUUUUCUAGUCGAUAUUAGGAUUGUUUUGUGCAGUUCGGCAAAUCACCUCAAUUGUUAAAUUAAUCGAAUUAUAAAUUAGAUUAUUAAAAAUAAAGGUUACUUAUGCACUAAAA